AUGAGGUUUACAACGUUCACAGUGUUUUGCACUAUAUUAUUGACUUUGGAGCUCCGCGUAGAAAGCAUUACCCGCCAUACAAACGUCAAGUGUGAAGUAUUGGACCAGUCCUUCGUAGAGUUCCCUGUUUGUAAUCUCAAAGUUUUGGGUCGCGGCAUAAUCGCAGAGAACGUGUACAUCAAAAUCUUGAAGCUUCCUGUUCAAAAGAUCUCUGUGAACUUUGGUGUCUAUAAGAAGUUGUCGGGUUACCAUCCGUUUCUGUUCAACGUCACUAUUGAUUUAUGUCACUAUAUGAAACAUCCCAAUCCUAUGAAUAUUGUCCAUUACUUUCACACCGCUGUGAAGCCCUAUAGUAAUUUCAAUCAUUCUUGUCCCUAUAACGUAAGUUGUAAUCAGCAUGAUAUAGUUGUGAAGGACUUUGUCUUGACCGAUCAAAUGUUCGCGAAAAUUCCCCUUCCAAUGGGAAGCUACAUGUUUAGCAUUAAAAUGGCCACCGACGAUGUGUGGAGAGCGCGCCUUAAUACGUAUUUCGACGUCAAUGUGGACAAUCAGAAUUAA